AUGGGGGACCAGCAAUUUUUCCUAAAAUGGAACGACUUUCAAACGAAUAUGGUGACUUCUUUCAGACAUUUGAGGGACGAAAAAAGUUUCACAGACGUAACACUAGCAUGUGAAGGACAAACAUGUAAAGCACAUAAAAUGGUCUUGUCAGCGUGUAGUCCUUAUUUUAAAAGUUUAUUAGAGGAGAAUCCAUCAAAACAUCCCAUAAUAAUCUUAAAAGAUGUUUCAUACCAACAUCUCCAAGCUAUAUUAGAGUUCAUGUACGCCGGGGAAGUGAAUGUAUCACAGGAACAGUUGCCGGCCUUCCUCAAAACCGCUGCUCGUCUUAAGGUAAAAGGUCUAGCAGAACCACCACCGCAAAUGCCAAGCAUCAAAAGGGAAGGCUAG